ACCAGGCGUCAAGGCGAUUUCUCCGCUGCUUCGGCUCCGGUUUCGCUUCCAGCCGUUUCUCGUCUCCGAAAGUAACUCGGUAACUCCCGGGCGGGCAGCGCACCAUGAGCACCGCUUGCAGCAGCUACGUGAACACCGACAAAGUGCUGGUGGGCUCCUUCAGCUGUCCGCGGGAAGACGGCGAGGCUGACGCGAUCUAUUGCUGCGGCUUCCAGGAUAUCAAGUAUUGUUGCGACGACCCUAACAGCUUUUUCCCUUACGAGCACAAUUACAUGUGGUGGCUCAGUAUUGGAGCACUUAUUGGCUUGUCGGUUGCUGCAAUGGUCUUGCUGGCUUUUCUCAUCACUGUGUGUGUCCUCUGUUACUUGUUUAUCAGCAAGAAGCCACGAAACAAAUUGGAUACAGGCUUAACCUUGAACUUAGAAGCAGCAGGCAGAGAAAUUAGAAGAAAUUCUUCAAAUUGAAGGAAGGUAUAUGGAACAGGUUCAACUGAGUUCUGCAAGCAGUUAGGAAAGAAGUACAUUUGUCCAAAGGCACCAGCAAAGUAUUCCAGAAAUGAAGGCAUUCUCUAAUUUCAGACUAAACUGUGAGAAUUCAAUGCAAAGAGAGUGCCAACAUAUGUAUGGCCAUGUGUAUGUGUUUGUGUACACUCUUCUUGUUUCCUUGCCAUGCUAAUUGUUAUUUAUGCUCAGAGCCAACCUGAAUGUACGUCCUGGAAUAUAACAUACUUAUCACUAUUAAUUUAGCAUUUUAGGCCCUAAUCCGGUAAUCCCGAAAAGGCCUAUAUAUUGUCUUACACAGGCAAAGCUAGAAUCUUAACCACUUUUAAUAAUUGGUCAGUGGCUUUAAAUAAAUGGUAAAAAGAAUACUAAACAAAAUUAUACUGUACAUGUCAUUACUUCUGGAUCAAAAUGUGAUGAUGGUUCUUGGAUUUGUAUAUUCUGUUGCAAAAAGCUUCAGAUUUGUUCUCUCACAGUUCCAAUUCUUUGUAAUAAGCAAGCCUAGAUAAAACUAGUUGGGGGCCAUUAAAGUAGGCAACUUGUGCGGAUCCCUGCCAAUAACGCUUCACUAAAUUAUAUUAUUAGACCAUCAAAUUAGGGUGUUAAUCAGAUUUGACUCUUAUCUAAAAAAAAAUAUUCUAAAAAACUACAUUUGCAUUUACUCAUUUGGCAAAGUUAAAUGUAACAUGAAUGUUACAUUUGGAUGUUAUACAAUAUACAGAUACCACCCAUCCACCCCCCAAAAAAUUAAGAAUUAAGAAAAUGAUCUUAUCUCUUUUGGGGUAUUAAUUAAAUAAAAACAAAGAGGGCUAAAAUACUUUUUAUCAAUAAACUUCUUAUCAGCAAUGAGGAAUCUAAUAGCAUCUUGUCAAACUAAUAAGUUUUAUUAAAAACACACAAGAACGACUUCUAAUUUUUGGCUUUUGUAGAUUGACAUGGUACUUGACUGCAAUGCCUCUUGUUAGAAAAGUAAUUAACAGAACACAGAAUAAAACACAAUAAAACAAUACAUAUAAACCAGCUCUUGAAAAGGAAGAGGAAAAGGUCAUCAAGAUGCAUAAAAAUGCUUUCUCUCAGCAGUAGAUCUGUAAUGCCUCCAAAUGUAUAAUGUUCAGAUUUUUCUCUGAGAACUGUGGCAAAGAAGCCCACACUUACUAUUUCAUAAGAGAAAGUUGCCAAAGCAGGAAUCAUUCAAAAACAGGGAUUCUCUUGGGCUCUCCAUGCAUUUUAUAUCCAGCAGAAUCUCCUACUUGUGUCUUGCUUGAUGGAUCUGUGUAGGCAUUGUGGAGAUUGUUGUAUAUUUCCAAAGCCUUUUCUUCUAUGCAGUAGAUCAUCGCAGCACUUUUAUCAUCCUUUGAUUUCCUCAGCCAUUUAUGAAUUGUAGAUAUAAUUGCUGUUUCAUUUUCCUCAUUUUUCUCCUUCCUUUCCUGCCAGAUUUAACUAGA